GCUUCAAACACCAAUCAAUCCACUCGGGCAAUACACCACAGGCCAGUGGGUUGUCCCGACACAGGUUCAUAUACAAUCAACAAGCCUAUUGUUUUUUAAGGACUAGAGCAGUAGCCAUCGACUGCCAGCAUGGGUGUUGGCGGCGUCAUCCUCCGCUUCGCGAAUCUCGCGAUUCGCAUCCUCCAGUUCCUCGAUGCCGCAGUCAUCCUCGGCAUUUUCUCAUACUUCCUCGCCGUCCUCGCCCGCCAUGAUCAGACGAUCCCUCAAUGGAUGAAGGCCGUCGAAGGCCUAUCGGGUGCAGCGACCCUCUACGGCAUUCUCGGCAUCCUUUUCACCUGCUGCCUGGGCGGAGUCACCUUCUUUGCUGCCGUGGCCGUCCUCCUCGAUGUCUGCUUCAUCGGAGCCAUGAUCGCCAUCGCCAUCAUGACUCGCAAAGGCACCCAAAGCUGCUCCGGCAACGUCGACACGCCGCUGGGCUCCGGUGCCAGCAAUACCGACGACGCCAACACUCACGUGCGUCUUGGGUAUGCGUGCGUGCUGGAGAAGGCUUCAUUUGCUGUCGCUAUUAUUGGAAUCUUCCUAUUCCUGAUCUCCAUCCUCUUCCAAGUUCUUCUCGCCCGUCACCACAAGCGCGAGAAGCGCUUCGGCCCCUCCCCCGCCAACGGGUACACAUAUGGCACCGGCACGCAACGCCGGGGCUUCUUCUGGCGUCGCAACAAGAACAACCCGGAGACCGCCAGUGCGGAUGACAUGCUCCCCAGUCAUCCGGCGCCCCGCGACGUUGAGCUAGGAACCUCUCCCACCGAGAAGACCAGCGGUACGGGUGGUCUGUUUACGCGCAACAAGCACACCGCGCCGGAGGCUGCAGCUCCUCCUGGCUACGGCUAUGGCAACUCUGCUUACUCGGCUAAUUACUAGACACUGCGCUAUCCUUCCAUGCAUUGUGUGGUCAAUUCCGUAUACACUCUAUGACGCAAGACCCGCAAAGGAGGAGGCACUAAUUGCUUCGUGGACGAAUAUGAUGAGACAACGAAUUUUUGGGAAUGCCAUUCAAACCACGUAGUAUGGCAUCUCAUGGGGAUAAAACUCCCGGGUUUGCUUCACGUUUGACUUGAGUGGAUGACUGGGGAUGACACUCUUUCUUUAAGCUUCGUGUGGCUUUCCGAGCACUCCACUUGUACUCCAGCCACU